AUGUCCCAAGAUUCAAAGCAAACGGUGGCCAUCGUCGGCAGUGGUUGGGGCGGUUAUAACCUGGCCCAGGCUCUCGAUACCCGUAAAUACAACGUGGUAGUUGUCUCGCCUGAAGCCACUUCUUCCAUCACUCCCUUACUGGCCAGCGCAGCAUGUGGACUUUUCAAUUCGCAAUGGGCCCAAGAACCAAUUCGACGCAAAAACGUCGACAUUCAGUAUAUCAAGGCCAGCGUGCUGGACAUCGACUUUGGGGAUAAGGUUCUGAUCUGUCAGCCAGCAUUUGACUCCCUCAAGGACAAGCAGUUCAAGGUUUCCUAUGACAAAGUGGUGGUCUCUCCCGGGUGUGCCAUCAACACCUUUAAUACCCCUGGAGUGGACGAACACGCCUUCAUCGUGAAAAAUGUCGCCGGCGCUGAUGCUAUCCGCGACAAGAUCAACCAGAAUCUGGAGAUGGCUUCGUUGCCGUGCACCACAGAGGAGCAGCAGCGGCGGCUCCUGCAUAUUGCCAUUGUCGGUGGUGGACCGACAGGUAUCGAACUUGCCGCCGAAUUGACGGAUUUACUCCAGGGGGAUCUGAUGAAGUUAUACCCGAAUCUGAAGGGAAAGCCCUCAGUCACAGUCCACGAUGUUGCACCGCAAAUCUUAGCACCCUUUGACCGCAAGCUCUCCGAAUAUGCCAGGGACUCCCUACAGCAGCACAGCGUCGAGAUCAAGACAAACUCCCAUAUCACGAAUGUCACGAGCGACUUCAUUGAGACCAAAGAAGAUGGCAAGAUCGCCUACGGGAUCCUGAUCUGGGCGACGGGAAACAAGAACCGCCCGAUUGUGGACACGCUGGACGUGAUGAAGAGCGACCAUGGCCUGAAACGAAUACUCACCGAUGACGGACUUCAGGUUCUAGAUACCAGCGGCACCGCUAUACCGGAUGUAUAUGCUAUCGGUGAUGCGGCCGAUAUCGACGGUGCGAGUCUGCCCACUACAGCCGAGGUGGCCAUCCAGAAAGCCGAGUAUCUGGCUGAACAGCUCAACGCCGGUCAUCGCACCAAGCCUUUCCAGUACAAGCAGCGUGCGCUCAUCACAUACACCGGGGCGGGAGAUGGCGUCAUGGCUGGAAAGCGCGGCGAUGAGUAUACAGGGUAUGGGGCUUGGCUGAGUUGGCGGUCAGGUAAUAUCUUCUGGACACGGUCCUGGAAGCGGAAGUUUAUGUUAUGUGUGGCGUGGUUGAUGGAUUGGGUAGAUGGACGUGAGAUGGCUCGUUAUUGA